AUGGGGGUCUCGCUGUGGCGCAGUGGCUCCUCCUCUGGCUCUGACCCUCCACAUGCUCAGCCCCUGUUCCUCUCACAUUGUUUCAUUUGGAACCAAGUGUCCGCACCACGCGCGCUUUUGACGCUCGCGUCUUUUCGCCUCAAACCUUCGACUGCGUCAGGUGGCAAACACCUGCGAGCCUCUCGCUGUGCGCGGUGGAGAUGGUACUGGCUCUUCCAGCGCCUGGAGCCUGCUCAGACCCACAGUAACGUGCUGUCCGUGGUCUCACUGGUUUUACUGGUCUCACUGGUCAGUGAGUGGGCCUGGAGGAUGGCUGCGCGCAGAGGCUGUGUAAACUCGCUGUGGUCGGGCACAGAGCGGGUCCGCAUCGGGGAGAGACUCAGCGCGACUCUGGCAGGAGUCCUGGAGCUGGAGCUGCUCCGCUGCAAACAGCUGGAGCUGGUGGACACUGCACUGGACAACAGCCCCGAGCAGAGAGACGAGAGCCACAGGCAACAGGAUCCUUCUCCAGCAGACGUCACAGCAGUACCCGUCCAGAGCAGCCCUGGAGAGGCCUCAGAAGGGUCCGGCUCUGGGGGUCAGUCCCGCUGGUCCACUCUCUCCUGGGACGCCUCCUCUGACCUGCUGUCUCCCCCCACACCUGACCCCAUCAACACGGCACACCUAGACACAGACUCCAGACCCAGUUCAGGAUUUUACUCAGUGAGUGGCAGUUCUCUGUCGGACUCUUGCUACUCAGUGUCCAGUGAAGUGGCCCAUGGUCCAGCCCUUCAAAGACCCCAGAAGUUGUGGGACCAGCAGCCGAUGCUUGACAGCGUUGACACCUUGUGGAACGACGCAGCAGUGCAGCAGGUUGAAGGAGACAGCAGCCAUGGACCAGCAGAGACAGUAACAACUGAUCUGGACUCCACUGGUCUAAACUUUCUGUCUGACCUCUGCUCCGGAAGCAGCAACUCCAUCAUCCCUUCUCUACUUCAUCUCCUUUCUCCAUCGUCAUCAUCCUCUUCGGCUUUGAUCGACCUGAAGUCUCAACUGGACCCACGGUUCUGUGCAGACCUGGUGUCAAGAAGGACCAAAGAGGUGUAUGCUUACCCCAGCCCUCUGCACGCUGUGGCUCUUCAAAGUCCUCUCUUCACGACACAAGAAACCUCUCAACCCCCUCCUUCUGCUGAGGCUCUGCAAUCCGAAGACGGCUCUCAACCCACCAGUUUUACCGCUCAAACUUUAUCCAAUCUCCCAUCCACUCCAAACCCGAUCUCCUUCACGCAAAUGGAGCAGUACAUUCAUCGACUGGCCCGACAAUACCACACCCGUGCGUUUGUGUCCACCACUGAUCUAACCUCCUGCGGUAGAGGUAUUUGCACGCCAGGGAAAGGGCAUGGGUCCACGCAAUCUCUUUCUGCAUUUGAGGGUCUGAGUGCUCUUGGGGGCUGCAUCACGCCCUGCAAGUCACAACUGGGCCAGUCUGCCAGAUUGAACUUAAUCAGCACUGGGAAGAAAGCCUUACGGAAUUCCAUUAAUCUUGGGAACUUGCCGUCAGCAACCGGGGAAGAUGUGAGCAUAAACUUGCAUCUGAACGUCAACUUGAAUCUCAAUCCAGGUUCCAGUCGGAGUCUUGCUGACACCCCUACAACAGGUAGUUUCGGUGCAUUGAAAAGUGAGCUUAGCGCCGCCUCUGCCUCAUCCCUGGCCUCCACCCCCACUCUGGCACUGCGGCCACGUCCCCGUAUCUCCACCUGCCCCUCCUCUUUGAGCCAUCGCAGCUCUCUGGAAGUCGCAUCUGCUUUUGGGUCAAGUCAUUUUUGUCGAUCGUUGGACUUUAGCAGCAGUGCCCAGGAGCAACUGUCUGCGCACCGGUCCAACCCAGGAUCUACUCAAAGCUCCCAGCGAAACAGCUUAAAUCAAGAAUCCAGUCAUCCAAACCACGGGGAUGAGUUUCCCAUGGUGGAAGAGAUUUCCCGCCUCUCUGGUCUGUCCGCAGAUGUUGUUGUUGGACUGAUGGAGCAAGGGGUGGAGCUGGAUAUUGAUUGCUUUGAUGUGGAGACACCAAGAGACAAGAGGCGCCAUGGGAAAAGCCACCUGGUGACUCAAAUGGACCAGACUCAUGACUACAGCAGAGAAAUGCCGACGCAAAGACCAAUCCAGCUGUCUCUAAGUGUCACACAUUCACCUCAGUCUCAGAGAAGCCUCACCCCACCUCUCUCACACACCAGCAGCCCAAUUCACCCAUAUCAAUCCAAUUACAUGGCUGCUCCACACCCCCCAUUUUGCUAUGAUCCCCCCUCAUCCACUGCUUCAUCUCCUGCCUCUCGUCCAACUCCAAGAGCUAGAUCACCUCCACGCCCUCUACAGCCUUCACCUAUGGGUGCUACUCCACUGUCUGUUUUUCGUAGAGACGCACCAUUUCAAUGUUCGCUUCCCCGUACAAACACAACAAGCUCUGCGGGGGAUCAAUGCGGGAUUGCGCCGCGAGGAGGAUCCCUUCGGCAAAGUGCAGGAGGAGGGUGGAAAAAAAGUGACUGCCAGGGACUUUACCGAGGGAAGCAUGUGUCACACAGGCUGGUCCGAGCUGCUACUGUCAGCAGCUAUGCUCAAAGAGAGGAUUACAGCUCAGCCUGGGCUGAAGAAAAAGGUAUUGAAAGAGGUGUUCAAAUGCCGAAAAAGAACACCACAAAACUGUGGGGUCGGCUUGAAGGACGCCUCUUUGGAAGAGACCCUGAAAGUGAGCAGGAGGAGAUGGACAGAGCUGAGUAUGGCUUUGGAUGGAGGAGAAACACUGGUGGAAGCUACAGGAGGGAACCAGACAAAGAUUUAUUUUGGAUGAAUGAAUCUAAAGCAGAGUCUUCCCCCAUGUUCUCGAAGAGAAGGGGGAGGGAGGAGGGAGAUAGACGCAGCUCCAGUCUCAGACUUUCUAGAAGAGCUCUGUUCAGGAGUGAGUCUCAGGGUCUGCUCCUGUCCCGGCACGAGGAGCCGGUGAAGAGGGGCCACUGGGUUUCUUCAUUAGAUGUGGGGCAAGGUUCCAUGAGGAAGGAGGAAGGGGUGAGGCUGUUGCGUAGGAGGGAGGACAAGGGCCUGUCCUCAACGGCCAGCCUCUUUAACCUGUCUCAGUCCGAGAGUCUGGAUGAGAGCGGUGCAUCCAUGUCCCCUCUGUCCUCUCCGUCCUUCUCUCCUUCGCCUCCUCGGAGGACACUGCAGCGCUCUCGAUCACUGCGGGAUUUGGGAAAGAGAGUUUUUGGCUCCAUGAGGUCCCUAAGUCUUAAACGGAAACCAUCUAAAAAGUAA